AUGGCCACCCAGAACAUUGCGUUACGUGGGACCAACGACAGGCUGAACGAGCCAAAUAAUGGGAACUUUCUGAAGUUUGUAAAAAUGCUGGGUAUCUUUGAUGGAAUCAUGAAGGAGCAUGUAAGGAGAGUGGACUCCAAAGAAACACAUGACGCACUACCAAAGAAACACAUGACGCACUACCUCGUGCAGCCCACGGUCCGUCCCAGGAAGAAAAGGAGUCUGUUUGGCUAUGAGGGAAAGGAUGAGUCUGUGACUGACCCUCAGCAGAAAUUCAAAGUAAAUUUCUUUAAUCAGAUUCUUGAUUCUACUAUCCAGUCCGUCAACAAGCGCUUUACGCAGCUUGAAGAGCACAGCAGUGUUUUCAGCAUCCUGUACAACAUCCCCAUCAAGGGCAUGGACAUUGCAGCACUUACCAGGGACUGUGCAACACUGGAGAGGGCCCUUACGUACAGCGAUUCCAGGGACAUCGACGCAAAAGAUCUGUGUAAUGAGCUCAAAGUCUUGAGCAGGAGACUGGACAGUGAGGCAAAACCACUCGACUCACUGGGCUACAUAUCCGGUCAUAUCCGGACCAAUGCCUUUGUUACCCUGAGAGUUCUUCUCACACUCCCGGUGAUAGUGGCAAGUGGAGAGUGCACAUUCUACAAACUCAAACUCAUCAAGAACUACCUGUGUCCUACUAUGAGUCAAGAGAGACUCAAUGGACUUGCCACCAUAUCAAUUGAGCACGAGUUGGCUUACUCAACCUCCAAGAAGCAGUGCAUGCUUUUGCUGCCAGGAAUAUCAGGCGAGUCAACUUGUCUGAAUAAAAGAUGA